UUGAAGAAUCCAAAGAAUAUCGCAACCGAAUAUUAUUUCGAGAUCAAAUCAUUAAGUCAGCGCAAAUCCUCUUCCGGCUACAAUUUUCUACUUCCUUUCGUUUCUUGAUCAACUGUAUAUAUAUUAUGUAUAUAAUACUAUAUUACUACUUCUCUAGGAUUUAUACUCACAUAACGUGCUACAUUCCCCAAAGGAGCGGCGGAGGAAUUAAGAAAUGGUAGGUGGAAACUGGUGGUGCUUCGGUGAUCGGAGGAGCUCCGGUGAGGAUGUGUCUGAUCUUGACCCGAUACUUCUGGUGAGUGGUGUUGGUGGGAGUAUUCUGAAUUCGAAGCCAAAGGGCUGGUUCGGGCUUACGACCCGUGUUUGGGUCCGUAUUCUUCUUGCUGAUAUGGAGUUCCGAAAGAGAGUCUGGUCCCUCUACAAUCCCGAUACUGGGUACACAGAAGAACUGGAUGAUAGUUCUGAUAUUGUGGUUCCACAAGAUGAUUAUGGGCUUUAUGCUAUCGAUAUUUUAGAUCCCUCAUUUUGGAUAAAAUUGUUACAAGUGACGGAUGUAUACCAUUUUCAUGACAUGAUCGACAUGCUUAUUAAGUGUGGAUACAAGAAAGGAACAACAUUGUUUGGAUAUGGAUAUGACUUCCGCCAAAGCAAUAGAACUGACCAGGCAAUGGAUGGUCUUAAGGAAAAGCUAGAGACUGCAUAUAAAGCUUCAGGGGGUAGAAAAGUCAACCUUAUAUCACACUCCAUGGGUGGGUUGCUAGUAUCAUGUUUCAUAUCACUCCAUUCCGAUGCAUUUUCCAAGUAUGUGAAAAAAUGGAUAACCAUUGCAACCCCUUUCCAAGGUGCACCCGGAUAUGUCAAUGAUUCUCUGUUAACCGGAUUACAGUUUGUGGAGGGACUUGAAAGCUAUUUCUUUGUGUCAAGGUGGUCAAUGCAUCAACUGUUGGUGGAAUGCCCAUCAAUAUAUGAGAUGCUCCCAAAUCCCGAGUUCCAAUGGAAAAAACAACCUGAAAUUUUCGUAUGGAGAAACCGUUCAGAAAACGGACAAGAUUCGGCCAAACUGGAAACUUAUGACCCAUCUGAUUGUGUGGGGCUGUUUGAGGAAGCAUUGAAGGGCAAUGAGAUAGAGUACAACAAGAAGACGAUACCUUUGCCAUUCAAUUCUUCAAUCUACAAAUGGGCAGCCACUACACGCAAGAUGCUAAACAGCGUGCAGCUUCCCGAAGGGAUUGAUUUUUAUAACAUUUAUGGAACAUCACUGGAUACCCCUUUUGAUGUUUGUUAUGGGUCUGAAACUGAUCCAAUCAUCGACCCAUCUGAGAUAUGCCAUACAUUACCUGAAUACUCAUGUGUGGAUGGAGACGCAACAGUUCCCGCUGAGUCAGCAAGGGCAGAUGGAUUUCCAGCAAUAGAAAGGGUGGGAAUACCCGGUGCUCAUCGGGCAUUAUUAAGAGAUGAAACCGUAUUUGAAUACAUACGCAAGUGGUUAGGACUCGAAGAACAAAGCAGUACACGUGUUAAGACCUCCAAAGUUAUUGAUGUUGGUUUGGCUUGAAGCUUGUUUAAUUAGUUGUGUAGUGGCAUUUGGUUCAUGAAUCAUGAUGAUAGUUGUUGUUUUGUAUCUUAGCAAUUCAUGUUGUUGAUGAAUAAGAGGUCUGUUCAUUGUUCUUUUAGCUGAAACAUCAUAGUUUGAUGGGAUCUUUUUCACUUUGUACAAAUACAAUAAUAAACCACAGUAUGUAAUUGUA